AUGCGACCUGUUUGUGUUUAUCUGACUGUCUAUGACGAUUAUGCGGUAAUUGAUAAUUCAAUGAAUUUGCUAAAUUAUUCAGAGCGAAAAUUAAGGGAAGAUUUUGAAGAUGUUUUUGUUUUUAAGAAAAAAUGUGACGUCACUAUUCAUUUUAUUUCGAUUGCUCAUAGCAGCGUGUUUGAAGCAAUGUUUUCAUACAAUAUGAAAGAAAAUAAACAAAAUAAAGUGACUCAACUCGAUACAUGUACUCAAUUUUUUAAGAAAGUUUUUAAUUAA